CUAUGCACCUUUUUCUCUUUUGUUUCAUUUAGCCCAAAGCAAGCCACUAAAAACCCUAGAGUCAGGAAUCAAAUAUAUUUUGCUAGGGUUUGCGGAGCUUCAGCCUUCAUCAGAUCUUAUCUCUCUGCAACUUCCCUUCCUUCCCCUCCGCCCAAACCUAAAAAACAUGGCAGCAGCUCAAAUCAGCAAAAAGCGAAAGUUCGUCGCUGACGGAGUGUUCUUCGCGGAACUCAACGAGGUCUUGACCAGGGAACUGGCUGAGGAUGGAUAUUCUGGAGUCGAAGUCAGAGUUACUCCUAUGCGCACCGAGAUCAUCAUCAGAGCCACACGCACCCAAAACGUUCUCGGUGAGAAAGGGAGAAGGAUUAGGGAGCUGACCUCAGUGGUUCAGAAGCGAUUCAAGUUCCCAGAAAACAGCGUCGAGCUUUACGCUGAGAAGGUUAAUAACAGAGGCCUUUGCGCUAUUGCUCAGGCCGAGUCUCUUCGCUACAAGCUCCUUGGUGGUCUUGCCGUCCGGAGGGCCUGCUAUGGUGUGCUGAGAUUCAUCAUGGAAAGUGGUGCCAAGGGAUGCGAGGUUAUUGUUAGUGGAAAACUAAGGGCACAGCGUGCCAAAUCUAUGAAAUUCAAGGAUGGAUAUAUGAUCUCUUCUGGUCAUCCAGUCAAUGAAUAUAUCGACUCUGCUGUCAGACAUGUUCUUUUGAGACAGGGUGUACUUGGUAUCAAGGUCAAGAUCAUGCUUGAUUGGGAUCCCAAGGGUAAGCAAGGCCCUACAAAGCCACUACCUGAUCUUGUCACAAUCCACCCUCCCAAGGAGGAUGAAGCUAUCAAGAAGGAAGAGAUUGAGCCAAUUGAUAUUGAGCUUCCCGAGGUGGCUUAAAGCUCGACCGUGACUGUUCUGAUAGUGUCAUUUAUUUGAUUUUUGGAUUAUGCGAGUGUCCUAGUUUUUGUAGCCAAAAUUUGGACCCCAAAGACUUCUUUGCUGGAUGUUCUUUUGUACUAUCUUUCUUUGAUGUUUUCUCAAAUUUUGCUCUACUGAAGUUAUUAGUAAUUUUCUCCAAGGAGUUUUUA